CCUCCUCUUCCUCCCAGCUGAGCUGCCCUUCUUCUUUCUCCAGCAAGCAAGCAGCAGCAGCAGCCCAAUUGCAUUGCAUUGCAGUGAUGGUGAUGUGAUUUCUGCGGCGCGAGACAAGCACACCCACCCUCCCAGCUCAACUUACGGUGACGCCGUGACGGUGAGGUUAGGAGCUGGGUGACUGACGGGGGAGGCCCACCGGACGUACGUGAUCGGCAGCCAAGCCAAGGCGAUGCCUGCAGCCGCGGCUCCAGCUCCACACACCAGGACCAGGACCAGGUCCAGCGGCAGCCCCAGCGCAGCCAUCGGCCCCCCGCUUCCUUACUGGGGCGGCGCCGCUGUUGGCGCAGAGGAGCAGAGGUGGCGCAUCGGCAUGGACUCCGCCGCCGCUGCCCUCCUCGACUCCGCCUCCGCGUCCGCCUCUUCCGCCAACGCCGCAGGCAAGGAGAUGCCCACCGCCCGCCACAUCGCCCACCGCACCGCCCACAACAUGUCCUCCUCCUCGCUCCGCAAGAAGUCCGACCUCGCGCUCCUCCGCAAGGUCCCCUGCGCCCCGCUCCGACGCCUCCUCGACAACCUCCAGGAGGUUUUGCUCGCCACCAAGCUCGCCCUCCUCUUCCCCGCCGUUCUACUCGCGAUCGCCGCGCGAAUCUUCCACUUCGGCCAGGAAUGGGUCUUUGUGCUUAGCUUGAUCGGUCUCGUUCCUCUUGCUGAGCGACUUAGCUUUCUGACUGAGCAGGUUGCGUUUUACAUAGGGCCUACUGUGGGUGGACUGUUGAAUGCAACAUUUGGAAACGUAACAGAGGUCAUCAUUGCGAUCUUUGCACUCUAUCAAGGCAAGGUAGUGGUGGUGAAAUGCUCCCUGCUAGGCUCAGUCUUGUCCAACCUGUUGCUUGUCCUUGGAACCUCCCUUUUCUUUGGUGGCCUGGCUAACCUUGGAACUGAGCAGCUAUACGACAAAAUGCAAGUAGAUGUCAGCACAGGACUUCUGAUUCUUGGUGUGCUAUGCCACUCUCUGCCACUGAUGCUGAGAUAUGCUGUGAGCUCCGGGGAGCACGCAGAAUCCUCUUGGGAUUCAGGACUGGAGCUGUCCCGAGCAUGCAGCAUUGUCAUGCUCCUUGCCUAUGUAGCCUACCUUUUCUUCCAACUGAAAACCCACCGCCAACUAUUUGAACCCCAACCCCAAGAGGUUGAAGAUGAUGGUGAUGAUUCGGUCUCUCAAGACGAGGCAGUACUGGGAUUUUCCAGUGCAAUGAUUUGGCUGGGAGUCAUGACCCUGAUGACAGCACUCCUAUCAGAGUUUGUUGUGAGCACAAUUGAGGCAGCAUCGGAAUCUUGGGAGCUAUCUGUCAGUUUCAUUAGCGUCAUCUUGAUUCCAAUAGUUGGUAAUGCAGCAGAGCAUGCUGGUGCAGUGAUAUUUGCGUUUAAAAACAAUCUGGACAUCACCCUCGGAGUAUCUUUGGGGUCCGCUACGCAGAUUUCCAUGUUUGUGGUGCCAUUGAGUGUCCUUGUAGCAUGGAUCAUGGGAGUCCCGAUGGAUCUUGAUUUCAACUUGCUUGAGACUGGUUGUUUGUUUCUUGCAAUAUUAGUAACGGCCUUCACGCUCCAGGAUGGAUCAUCACAUUAUCUGAAGGGACUGCUGCUUGUGUUUUGCUACAUUGUCAUCUCCUUAUGCUUUUUCGUUUUGAGACAGCAUGGAAAUGGAAGCAACGAUGAUCAGCUGGGUGUAGCAAGCAAGCCAUGGAGGAUUUAGGGCGCCUGAGCUGGCAGUAGUUUCUCAACAAGUAGCGUGGACUUUGGUUUGCACGAUUUUGCAUGGAACACUGGAGGGGAGACCCGUGAAGUUUGACUAAAGUAUGUAGACUGCGGGAAGAUGCUGUUCAGCUGAUGUGUGAAUGUAAGUACAUACAAAGACUAUAGAUGAAAACUGAUGUUGCGUGAGAGACUAUUUGUGUGUGUUUUUCUUGUUCUUUCCACCAAGCAAUGGCUAGAAUUCGGUUGAGCUGUUGAAAUUGUCUCCUGUAUAAAUCAGUGACAUGUCAUACUAUUUUCCAACUGGACUUAACAGAGCCUUUAUCCUUCU